UGAUUCUAGAUCCGAGUGGUUGCGAUGUGUAAAACUGAUUACUUGUAGUGAUUUAUUUUUCUCUAUUAAAAUGAAGUGUGUUGCUCAGCUGUCAAUGCAUGUUCGGUCAAACAGAAGAAAUAAUCAGGAUUAAAACAUCCAGUAGUUCAGAUACGAUUGAGAAAAUCGACAUGUGAUUAAUUUCCUUCGAGAUUUACAAGGUGCUCUUUAUUUGAGUGUCAAUACGAAUACACACACAGUCAUAUAAAGUGAGCAAUUUGUUUGCGACCUGAUAUGGGACUGUUAAUCGCCGAUCAUUAAAUGUUUUCUGUUCUUUUUAAAAACACAUACUUGAAGCAUUAAAGUUUUGGAUAUAUUGGUGCUAUAAAUGGAAAAGCCCUCCUCAAUAGGUGAUUGAGGCUUUAAUACAGGGAAGUAUUUCAUUUCGGAUACAUAUUGCAGUCAUUUAAAGUGUAAACAGGUGAAGACAUGGAUUUGAAGCUUGGAAAAUAACAGGAGAGGCGAUGAAACACCUCUACAGUUGUGCUUGAGGCAAAGAAUCAACAUUAAAUCUCUGGGAUUUCACUAUUUCCGAUCUCCUGAUGAAAUAAUAUCAACAUUUCAAUGGAUUUAUUCGAGACAGUAUUCAAAGAAACUUUUGUAUUGACUGACAAACGAAAGAGGGUCGGGAACUACAAUAUUGGACGAGUGUUAGGGAAGGGGGCUUUUGCCACCGUGAGGUUUGGAACCCAUCUUCUCAGCGGAGAACACGCUGCCAUUAAGGUGGUUCCAAAGAAGUCGAUCCUUCAAAAAGAAAGAUCACAGCGGCGAUUUAGUCGAGAGUUGUACGCCCUUAAACGUCUGGACCACCAGAACAUCGUGCGUCUGAAAGAAUGGAUGGAGACGGACAGAAACUUUUACUUAGUACUGUCAUAUAUAAACGGGGAUACACUUAAACAGUAUCUUAAUGACAUGACAAGACUGAGUGAAAACGAGACGCGACGAUACAUCAGUCAGAUUACUGCGGCCAUUAAUUACAUGCAUAAACAGGACAUCAUACACCGCGACAUUAAGCUAGACAAUAUGGUCCUCCAGAGUGGGGGCAAAGUGGUCAUAGUUGAUUUUGGUCUGAGUGUAGAUGUAAGCUUCUUGGGCAACCCAAAAGUGUGUGGUACCCCCACCUACUUGGCUCCUGAAAUACUUAUCAGACAUAACUUCACAGUCGCAGCCGAUGUUUGGAGUCUGGGAAUAUGUUUAUGUUACCUAGUAACAGGCAGCCAUCCAUUCCAUAUGUACUCCAAGGACAACUACACCAAUCUAUAUUUUAAAAUUCUACAAGGCAGCACCCUACCGAGUUUCCUCUCAGAGGAUUGCAAAGAUCUCAUCAGAAGAAUGUUGUCGGUGGAUCCUGUCAACAGAAUAACGACUGAGGAAAUUCAGGAUCACACGUGGUUAACUCGGUUAACAAUCUGACCAAUCAGCAAAAUCGUGCCAUAAAGAUCUUUGUGCAAUAAUUUAUCUCUUGUAUGUUUCCUGAGCGUUUAAUGGUGCUCAAUGUUGUUAAUUAUGUAUUCUAAUAUACCUUUAUCAUUAGUGUUUUGGCUUCGAAAGAUAUACGAUGACUUUUGUUGUAAUAAAAAUUCCUUUAAAUUG